CGGUAGAAUAUAGCUCGCCAGCUCCUCACACACGGGCACUACUCACUCACUCGGACCACAUUGACGGCCGCUGUGAGAAGCUACAGAUAAAAGCCUGCUGCAAGUCGCUUUUCUUUAGAAGGACUUUCUACUAAGAAGCUACAAUGCAGGACUCUCAUGCGUCAGAAAUAGACGCAAUGACAGGCAGAAAAGCUGAGCUGGGAGCUGGCUGCUGGCUGGACAGCAUACGCAGCGUGAAUGCAUCUCUGUCCACGUAGGCCAGGCAGGUGUCCAGAUGGGGAACACCUGCUGGGAGCUGUACUGUCUGGAACAUGGAAUCCAGCCGGACGGCCAGAUGCCAGACAACAAGCCUGUGGGAGGCCACGACGACUCCUUCACCACCUUCUUCAGUGAGACUGGGGCUCAGAAGUAUGUCCCGAGAGCAAUCUUUGUUGACCUGGAGCCCACUGUUAUUGAUGAGGUGCGCACAGGAAAGUAUCGUCAACUCUUCCACCCUGAACAGAUGAUCUCAGGAAAGGAAGAUGCAGCCAACAAUUACGCCCGUGGCCACUAUACCAUUGGCAAAGAGAUCAUUGACUCUGUCGUAGACAGAAUCCGCAAACUGGCUGACCAGUGUACGGGUCUUCAAGGCUUUCUGGUCUUCCACUCUUUUGGUGGAGGUACUGGCUCUGGUUUCACCUCCCUGCUGAUGGAGAGACUCUCUGUUGACUUUGGCAAAAAGUCCAAGCUUGAGUUUGCCAUCUACCCAGCCCCCCAGGUUUCCACUGCAGUGGUGGAGCCUUACAACUCCAUCCUGACCACCCACACCACCCUUGAGCACUCAGACUGUGCCUUCAUGGUGGACAACGAGGCCAUCUACGACAUCUGCCGCAGGAACCUCGACAUUGAACGCCCGUCGUACACCAACCUGAACCGCCUCAUCAGCCAGAUAGUCUCAUCCAUCACUGCCUCUCUUCGCUUUGAUGGAGCCCUGAAUGUUGACCUGACAGAGUUCCAGACCAACUUGGUGCCCUACCCCCGUAUCCACUUCCCUCUGGCCACUUAUGCUCCAGUCAUCUCUGCUGAGAAAGCCUAUCAUGAGCAGCUGUCUGUUGCUGAGAUCACAAACUCCUGCUUUGAGCCAGCCAAUCAGAUGGUGAAGUGUGAUCCUCGUCAUGGAAAAUACAUGGCCUGUUGUCUGCUGUACCGUGGCGACGUGGUGCCCAAAGAUGUCAAUGUAGCCAUCGCUGCCAUCAAGACCAAACGCAGCAUCCAGUUUGUGGACUGGUGCCCCACAGGCUUCAAGGUGGGCAUCAACUAUCAGCCACCAACAGUGGUUCCUGGUGGAGACCUGGCCAAGGUGCAGAGGGCCGUGUGCAUGCUGAGCAACACCACAGCCAUCGCUGAGGCCUGGGCCCGUCUCGACCACAAGUUUGACCUCAUGUAUGCUAAGAGAGCCUUUGUCCACUGGUAUGUUGGGGAGGGAAUGGAGGAGGGAGAGUUCUCAGAGGCCAGAGAGGACAUGGCUGCCCUGGAGAAGGAUUAUGAAGAGGUUGGGAUUGACUCGUUUGAAGAAGAUGAGGAAGGAGAGGAAUAUUAAAACAGGCCUAGCGUUCAUUUGCCACUAUUCAUUGUUUUUUUUUUUUUUAAAGAUCUACCUACUCAUAAAGGUCUAGAGUUAUUUCUUUUGUUGCGCAUCAAAAUGAGUACUCUUCACUUUUGCCAAUUUAUGCCAAUUUCUUUUAUCAAAAAGAUAAAAUCUGGUUACUGCACAUAUUUUAUCAAGCGUGAAACCUGUGUUGCUCAAUAAAGCUUUCCUUCAAAUACA